ACAACUUAGCCAGAGUUUCAUUUUGUACAGUUAAACAGCACUGAGGGGGGAUACUCUUUACAUAACAGCUGAUUCAACCUGGAUACAACAUUCAGAUUGAGUGAGAAGUUAGGCCUGGAUUACAACUUUGAAAGCAGGUCAAGAAAUGGAGUCUAAUGUGGUUCCUUGAGGAACAUAUUUUGAUAUAAAUUUGAUACAUAACACCUUGGCUGGGAGUAUAAACGGACCAUGGGGAACAGCAACUCCAGGCCAAAAAUUUGCCAAGUUGCACCAUCUCUUGGUCAAUCAAUGGAGGAUGAGCCGUCCCUGCUUCCAACCUCACCAUGGAUGAUAACUACUGGUAAUGGCACAGAGAGGCAAGAGAAAGGGAUUGUGGUACAGAGGAAGACCAACCAUCUGCCUCCUUUGACAGGAAGACACAAAGUGCCUCAUAUUGUUCAUUUAGAACCAGGAUCUCAAAGUGUCUGUGAUAAAAGCAUUAUUAAGUCUCAUCCACCACAGCCAGCAAAGGCAUGGCAAACAAUGACUCUUGUCACAGGGGCUGAUGUGAAUCCUGCCAAACAUGCACACAUGGCAUACAAAACGGCAGAGUCUGAGGACACGGAAUGGAGAGAUGGGCCUGUCCAUUGCUAUUCCACUCCCAGCCUGGAAGGGCACUGUGGCACAAGCAACACACUACAGGGACACAUGAAAGGUCUCCUGUUGGCACAGACGAUGCUCAGUCGCCAAGCAACCAAGAAGCGGCAAGCUCAGCAGAAGUGCUUUAGGGAAAGACGGGGGAAAUCGAAGAGGGUGUACACCUCUUAUGUGGAAGGAGAUGAGAUGGGAAGAAGUCAGAGGGUCAGACUUGUGUCCAGGCCAAUGCAACAAAAUGUCUUCUGGGAUGAGUUUGAGGGACAGAUUCUGGACGUAAGGGAGCUGCUGCAGCCAAGUCCACAGUUGACAGACCCAAAGGUGGGAGACAUGAUGAGUCACAAUCCGCUAAUGGCAAAUGGAAUCCUGCCAGAGGGAGAAGACCAAACAUUUGAAGGUCUGGGGAAAGAAAGUCACCAUAAGGACUCCCCAAAUUCUCCAAAGAGUAGAACAAAUCUGGACCCAGAAUUGACAGGAACUAUGCACAGGUUUUGCAACACAAACAUGAAGUUACCUUUGCUUCAAGACUUGAAGGGACUUGAGGAGAAACUUCAUGAAUCUGAAAACGUACAAUCAUAAAAAGUUGGGAGUAUGGACAUUACUCUGGGUCAUCCAUGAAAGUACAUCUAAAGAACAGGGAAGAAUGGGAACUUAACAAGUGGCCUUUGUUCCAGGCAGACUCCAAAAAGCACAGUCUGAGAGGAAGCAAGCAUGAGGUGAAGUGUACAUGAAUCAAUCUAAUGUCUUUGUUCUGUGGUAUGCUGUCAGUUACACAGACAACAUCAACUCAUCCUUCAGUUCAUAAAUAAUUGGGAAAUGUCAUUACAGUAGUACACUUCUAGUACAACUUCUAGGAAGCAAGCAGGCCAUAUUCCUGUGGAGUUUGUAGAAUUCAGCUGCAAGUCAAUGGUGCUUUACAGAUACACUAUGAUCCUUCCAUGCUUUGCCAGAUAUUUUCCUGUACCAUGUGGAAUGAACCAAACUAACUUUUUCUGCUAGUUAUAAGUUGAAAGAUUGGAAAUGACAUGGUAAAGAUAUGGUUGGUAAGUAAUUAUAUCUCACAUCUCAUUUUAACACAUGUACCCCUGGUUUCAGAGUAGUGAAAGCCUUGUCUGUGAAAUCUGGGGGCAGUUGUUCAAAAAGUUUAAUCUGGAUCAGAAUUAUCUGGAUUUGGAAAUCCCAUGUUUUGCUAUCCAGGAUCUUACUUUUGUGCUGGUUUUUCAAAGCAAAAUUGGAUUGGAUCGCCCUGAUCCAGAUAAAUUUUUUCAGAUUACUAAAUCUGGAUUACUAGUGCUCUACGGAGCCCCUAAAGGGACAUGGUGAUAGAAAGAAUAUGAGAUGGGGGAAAAAAUCAUUUCAAUGCUUUUGCGUUUGCUCACGAAGAACUUUUGACUGGUUCAUCUCUUAUGAUUGUGCCAAUGUAGUUUACAAACAAUGAUUAAAAAAACACUUUGAAUUAAAUAUAAUAUUUUUGUUAGAUAUUUACAGCUGUUUGAGGAUUAUUUUAUUGCACCAAAAUCUGUUUUUUACUGUACAGUAGGUUACCGAAAGGCUAAAUAUGUAGCCUAAUGUCUACUUCUAAUUUAUUACUUUAAAAGUUAACUAAUCAAGAGCAAAAUAAAGAAUAUGUGUGUGUAUGCAUAUUACAUGAUACAAAUGUUGUAUUUUUUUUAUUUUACCAGUUUUAUUACAUUUUUUGUUCUUGAAAUCCGAGAUGGUCCUCACUGCAGAACACAAGAUCCAACUCCUCCCACUUUACAUAUCCCUAAACCUACCCGUCUCCGCCCCCUGGCUCUAAACCUACCCAUCUCCACCCCCUGGUUCUACAUCCAACUCCUCCCACUUUACAUAUACCGUAACCUACCCAACUCCGCCCCCUGGAUCUCGAGUGUUCUGCAGUGGGGGCUACUGUGAAAUCCACUUUUCUGAUGGGAUCAUUAUAAUCCAGACUUUUUGGAUCGAAGGUGUCCCAAUCUUAUUAAAAAGUUUUGAACAACACAAACUGAUGACUUGAUCCAGAUCAAAACCAAGACUGGAUUUUGUGAUCUAAUCUGAUUUCAGAAUCCUUUUUUCCUUUUGAACAACCCAUUUUCAAGAUUUGAUCCAAUCCGAAAGUCGAAAUCCGAUCAGAUUACUUUUAAACAACUGGCCCCAGGGGAUAAUGUUUAUUUGUUAAAAUUAAACUCUAGCAGACAUAUUUAAGUUGUAAAUGCAAUUUUGUUCAUUUUUAUUAACUGAAGGAUGAGCAAAUGCUGUACAUCGACCUUAACUUGUAAGCAUUUAUUCUGGAAUAAUUGUUUUAACAGCAGUGAGAGUGUAAUGGUGAUCAAACCUGGGCUGCUAAAACAAAAAUUGCAAGGUCAAUCCCAAGCACCAUCCAUCGACAAAUAGCCAACCCAUCACAGGACUAACACACACUCACAAACACAUAAUGGCAAUUUAUUGUCUCCAAUUCACCUUCUUUUAUGUCUUUGGAUUGUGGGGUGGGAAGAAACCCACACCAAUAUGUAUACUCCAUGCAGAAAAUCCUCCUGGCUCAGUGUGGCGUCUUGAACUGGGGACCUUCUUGCUGUGAAAUGACUGUACAAUCUACAGUCUACAAUACCAAUGACCAGUUAACCCAGAAAUUGAAGUCAUCUGACCAUAAUCCUCCUUCAAUGUGCACUCUACAACCUAAUGUGUUCAAAUGACGUAAUAUUUAUAUCAUCAUUAAUUUUAAUCCUGCAGGCAUUGGUCUUUUCUAGCUAGGCAACAUGUUUAGUUAAGCUAGCUAGCUAGCCAAUUUGAAGACUUGCACUUUUUAAACAAAACCAUUUGGAAAAAACUAAGGAUAAAGUGUAAACAACAAGCAAGUUGUGGAAAAUGUACAUAACUGAAUUUAAAACUGGUAUAAAUUGUUACACAUGAUCUGAUAUUAUGAUUAUGCAAAACAAGACAGACAGAUGUAAAUCAUGCAAUUUGCCUGCAGAACAUGUCUGUAUAUGUAGUCCGAGGAAAAAAAUAAAAAUCUUGUCAUGUGAA